AUGAUUGAUGAUAUUUUAUCAAUUCAAUUCAAAUCGGCUUACAAUUUUCUAAAUAAAAAUCAAAAAGUUAACUUUCCAAAUGAGAUAAAACUUCAAUUAUAUGCUAAUUUUAAAAUUGCAACAGUUGGAAAUUGUAAUACAUCAAAACCAUCACUUUUAGAUUUUAGGGGUAGAGCAAAAUGGGAUGCAUGGAAAGAGAAGGAUGACAUCACCAAAGAACAAGCCAUGUUACAAUAUAUUGACAUUGUAGAAAAGGCAAAUGAAUUUGGAUCUAAUCCAAAAGAGAGAUGGACUUAUGUUUCUACAAUGUCAUAUGAAGAUGAUGAUGACAAUUCAAAGGAAGAAGAUGAUGAUGCUAUAUUUAAAUAUGUGAAACAAGGCAAGUUGAAUGAAGUAAAUGAAAUAAUAUUGGAUCAAGAUAAAAAAACGGAUUUAAAUAAGAAAGACAAUCAGGGCUUGACACUUUUACAUUGGGCAUGUGAUCGUGGACAUUUAGAUAUUGUUAAAUUUGUUGAUAAUGAAACACCAAUGCAUUAUGCAUGUCUUUCAGAACAACUGGAAUGUGCUCGUUAUCUUUAUAAAAAUAAUGCUGAUUUAUCAAUUAAAGACAACGAGGGAUUGACUGCAUUUGAACAUUGUGGCAAUGAAUACAAAAAUUUAAUUUUGCAAACUUAA